AAUGGACGAGGAACAACUUUUGGAUUAUGAAGAGGAGCAAGACGAAACUCAAGAACAGGCUAAAACUAUUGCUGAAAAUGGAGAUGCUUCAAAGAAGAUAAAGGGUAAUUAUGCCAGUAUUCACAGCAGCGGAUUCCGAGAUUUAAUGCUUCGUCCAGAACUUCUUCGUGCGAUCAUCGACUGUGGAUUUGAACAUCCUUCUGAAGUCCAACAUGAAUGCAUUCCUCAGGCAAUUUUGGGUAUGGACAUUGUCUGCCAAGCAAAGUCUGGUAUGGGGAAGACAGCUGUAUUUGUGUUGGCAACACUCCAACAAUUGACUCCAGUUGACGGGACGGUCUCUGUUCUCGUUAUGUGUCACACUCGCGAACUUGCUUUUCAAAUUUCGAAGGAAUAUGAAAGAUUUAGCAAAUAUAUGCCCGGAACGAAGGUUUCGGUUUUCUUUGGUGGUAUGCCGAUCAAGAAGGACGAGGAAACUUUGGCUAAGAACACUCCGCACAUUGUUGUUGGCACUCCAGGGCGUCUGCUGGCGUUGGGACGUACAGGACAAUUGAAGCUGAAAAACAUCAAAUUCUUCGUUUUAGACGAAUGUGACAAAAUGAUUGGGGACGCUGAUAUGCGUCAUGAUGUCCAGGAAAUCUUCAAAAUGACACCACAGGAGAAACAGGUGAUGAUGUUCAGCGCAACACUUCCACGGGAGCUUCGAGUCGUCUGCAAGAAAUUUAUGCAAGAACCUAUGGAAGUUUAUGUUGACGAUGAGGCUAAACUUACACUUCACGGUCUUCAACAAUAUUAUGUUCGUCUGAAGGAGAAUGAAAAGAACAGGAAAUUGUUGGAUUUGCUCGAUGCUUUGGAAUUUAAUCAGGUUUUUCCUUGGAAAAAUUUUUUUGAAAAUCAUUUUAAGGUUGUCAUCUUUGUGCGUUCCGUCACUCGUUGCCGAGCUUUGAAUCAACUCCUCAUUGAACAAAACUUUCCUUCCAUCGCCAUUCAUCGUUCAAUGCCGCAGGAUGAACGUCUUGGCCGUUAUCAACAAUUUAAAGAUUUUCAGAAGAGAAUUCUUGUUGCGACUAAUUUGUUUGGACGUGGAAUGGAUAUUGAGCGUGUCAACAUUGUUUUCAAUUAUGACAUGCCUGAAGAUACUGAUACAUAUUUGCAUAGAGUUGCUCGUGCUGGACGUUUUGGUACAAAAGGACUUGCUAUCACAUUUGUUUCAGACGAGGCUGACGCGAAUACAUUGAACAGUGUACAAGAUCGUUUUGAUGUGACAAUUGCAGAGCUUCCAGAACAGAUUGACGUUGGAAGUUAUAUUGAAACUCGAUCUGGAAACAACACCAACAAAAAUGGAACGGAAUAA